CGGCCGCAAAGAAUGUUGGUCCUGCUUCAAUCCGAGACAUCUUGUCAGAUACGCUUGCAAAAUGGCUUCCAAUGCUGGUGAUGAUUCCUUGUAUCCUAUUGCCGUUCUUAUCGAUGAAUUACGGAACGAAGAUGUUCAGGUAUUUAUAAAAGACUUUCUCCUUUUAUCUGAGGUUAAUUAAUGCAGCAAUAUACGUUAUUUAUCUCUAUAUUUUUGCCGUUAAUGUUAGUACAAAUAACCGAAUUUUGUAACUUGAAUCUUCGCAGCUGCGACUGAAUUCUAUCAGAAAACUAUCCACUAUUGCUUUGGCUCUUGGCGUUGAACGAACACGAACUGAACUUAUUCCAUUUCUUACAGGUAUAGUUUUAUUUCAGUGUUACUUUAUAUUUCGUACUGUAUUUGUUUAUUUUGGUCGUCAACCAAAUGUAAAACUAUUGUGUGACAGAUUUUGGGCAGAACUUUAUAUUGUUUUUCAUCAGUAUAACUUUGAGUUCAAAUUUUAUAUCAUUGUAUUAACAUCACUAAAAUAUCGUGUAUGUGCCCCAAGUUAUUUAUAUACUGCGUAAAUCACAUUAUUAUACAAAGAUGAACAUACAUAUAUGCCUGUCUAACAAAUAAUGACAAAUUAUGUACUGGGCCUGUUCAUAAGAGUUGUUUACCAAGACAUCCCACUUACCUACAAUCUCGACUAUAAAAUUUUACAGUCACAUGAGGUCUCAGGCCGGCCCAAUUGCCCAGAUCCCGGCUCCCACACACUGAAGGCACUUUAAUGCCAAAAAUUGCUGUUGUGGCAGAAUUUUGCAGCACAAAAAAUUGCUAAUGUGGCAGGUUUUGUGGCAGAUAAACUGUAAAAUAAGGUGCAUAGUAGCUGGCUGAUGAUGACCAAAAUGGAAACAAAUAAACAAUCGAUAUUCUUUGCAUGUAGGAUCAGUGGUGGAUCCAGCAAAGUUUUUUUUGGGGGGGGGGUGCUAACCAAUGGCCAAACGGGCGCCAAAGGCGCGAGAUUUCUAUGGGGGGUCCGGGGGAGUAUGUAGUAGCAUACUCCCCCGGAAAAAUUUUCUGGAGGAGUAGUAUACUCCCCGGAAAAAUUUUAAAAUUUGGGUCUCUGUAAUGGCAUUUCCAGCAUUCUGAGAAAACAUUCUGGAAAAUUUUUAGAUUGUCAAAACAUUUCAAAAUUCAGAAUAUUUAAUAUUGGCUAUUCCGCUAUUGUCAACUAGUCAUACCCAACUGAAUUCCUUAACAUAAGUUGGUUAGAAUUAGGAUAAACGUCAUUUUUGCACCCCCCCCCCAUGCACCCCUGUUGACCAGAGCCUGAGGGGGUGUGCACCCCCCUGCACCCCUCCCCUAAAUCCACCACUGUGUAGGAUUGCAUGGCAUUAAAACAUAUAAUACUUUUUGUUUGUGGAAACACCAUGUAAAUUUGUUACUGCAAAGCUUUUGAUCCGUAAGCCCGGAUCUUCAUCGGUGCUAAUAUUAUUACACUGAUGAAGAUCCGGGCUUACGGAUCGAAACUUUGCAGUAAUAAAUUUACAUGGUGUUUCCACAAACAAAAAGUAUUAUAAAUAAACAAUCUAUUAUUGUGUUAAAUGCAUUUGCCUGUUAUGGAUAAAUUGUGAGUCUAGAUACUGUAGUGUUAAAUGGUCAGCAAUAUUGUGGGAAGGUAAAGGUGUAAUCACAUUCAUGAACUUGUGACAGCUUGUAGACAGGGUGAAAAUUUCCCAUAUGGACCUAGCAACCUGUUUACUGGACUGUAGCCAAGAAAAAGUCGGACUGAGUUAAGAAAAAAUAUGAGUCAUAUGAGUAUUUUUCUUAGUUUUUUUAUGUAUCAAAUUUAAUGCUGAAGUAGUAUAUCAAAGUACCAGUAUUGCUUGUGAGUUUACAAGUGCUAAUCAUAAUAACUUUCAAUCUCUCCUGGGACCCCCCCCCCCCAAAGUUCUCCCACCCAGAAAAUUCAUCCAGAAAUAAGUAUUUUGAACUAAAUAAGACUAAAAACAAGUAUUUUGAACUAAAUACGACCAAAAAUCUCAAAAUUUCCAGGGGGCCUUGCCCCACUUAUCCAGCCCCAUCCUUGCCCCCACUGUGCCCCAGACCCCUGCUGUAAUGUAUGUACAAUAUAAUGCCUAUGAUGUACAGUAUAAUGCCUGUGAUUUGCGAUAUACAGUAUAAUGCUUAUAAUUUGCAAUGGAUAAAAAAUAUAUUAUACUUAAAUUAAUAUAAUUUACUGAUAUAUAAUCUUGAACGGUCAGUGCCAGUGGUGUGAAGGAUGUAUAUCCAUCAGGCCUCGAAUUUCCCUGAAAUCAAUUGACGGCAAUGACUUUAAAAAUUGCCGUAGAACGUAACAGCUGUCUACGGCAAUUUUGGCAGUUUCCACGGCAUUUUUCAAAUUACUGUAAUAAAACUUUAAUUUUAUUGUUACUUUGGAUUUUGGACAAGCUAGAAAUAUGUCUACAUAUUUCUUUAGUGUUUUUUUUCUUCGAAGAAAACUGUGAUUUACACAUGAUUUGAUCAACAUCUGAAUAGUCAGGGUCCGAAUUAUCGCUAAAAAACAGCUUCGCUUUUUUUUGGGAAAAAUUUCCAUGUUAAAAUACACAUUUUAGGACCACCCUCCCGCCCCACCCCGGAUUUUUUUGAGCAUUACAAAAAGCCGAAAAGGAAUGCGACGCAUGCAAUGAUUUUGUUAAGGCAUUUCGAACAUGAUUGCAUGCUGAUUGCAAUAAUUUCACGCUGGAUAAAGCCCUACAUUCUGCUAAAAAUCAAACGCUUUGGCAUUAAAAUUGAAAAUUCUAAAAAUAUGCAUGCUCACACAUUUGUAAAAACAUUCAUGGUAAAGUCAAUGAAUUGCUGUAUUUAUACAGUAUAGACUGCCUUUAGGGGUACUUCACAAUUGUCAAUUGGGCAUGUGCUCCCGCGAUUACCAAUUAUAUGCACAUCUUUUAUCCUUGUUACAGGUAUACAUCGCCUAAAAUUCCAUGAUUUCUAUCUUCUUUAAAAUUAAAUGAACAGUGAAGCAAAUGGCUAAACAAACAAUGAACUGUCGUUCUCACCGUUGAACUUGAAAUGCUAUUUUUCAACUCGAGAGUUGAUAGAGGUGAUAUCAACCUAACACGUCCCAGCACUUUGGUCUGAAGCAUGUGCGCAGAACUCCAAAUUGAGAUGCUCCACACGAAUGUCUGAGACACUCGAGUGAAACGGAAGAAAGCUGGAUAUCAAGCGUUACUACUGUAAAGAAGCUUCGCAACUUUUAGAAGGCAAUAUUCAAAAUCGCUUCGCAUUUUGCGAUUUGCGAAGCUUUAAUUCGGACCCUGGAGUAUAUAUUCCAAAACAUCAUUUAUGAAAUAUUUACUUUCCUAUAGAUACUAUUUAUGAUGAAGAUGAAGUUCUACUUGCAUUGGCAGAACAGGUAUUUUUUGUGAAAAAUAUAAUAUACUGUACAGUAUGUGAUUGAUUAUAAAAGCACUAUUAUACUUGGUGUUAUGUAUUUUGAAUGAAACAAUAAUCAAGAACUUGAUGAAGACAACACAAUCCCACCACUAUGUAAGUGGCCAGACACUUUGCCCAGUUUGACCCGGACUGAAACUCUACUCCGGGCAGCAUAUGAUUGCAAAUAGUUUAAAAUGCUAUUUUCUCAAUUUGGCAGUUUUUUCAAUCCAUUUAAUCUUUGUGACAGCAUAUGUAUCUUUCUGAAUAUUAAGUGUAAAAGGUUGAAACUUGGUAUGUUUAUGGCUAUUAACAUUAUGCAGAGCAACUCCCGAAAUUCGCCUCGGCACUCGGCAAUUGCCGACGCAAAUGCCAAGGCAAGUUACGAUUUUUCAUAGUUUGCCUCGGCAAAAAAAUGCCGAGGCAAUUCCACCCGCUGUUCCUUAAAUUACAAACGACAGUGUCUGUUCGUUUUUUUCUUCUUAAAUAUACAAACUACAGUGUUCGUUUUUUGUAUCACUUCUUUGUUCGAAUUGUUGUCAUCGACGUCGGGUGAACAACAGAAGAUUUCAUAGCUACUUUACAAAAUAUUUAAAUUUGAGCUUUUCAGCGUCGCGGCGGGCUUCGGUUGAAAUAAAGAACAAUCUUGAUGGUUUAAAGACGGUACGUCAAGAAACUUUGUUUUAUCUUUUAGACUGUUGCGUGAUUUUACCGUCAAGUUUAUUCUUUCAUGCAAUUGGUUGUAAAUUACCACUAACUUUUUAAAAACAUUUUGAAUCAGGAAUUUGUAAAAUAACAACAAAUUGUCGAAGUCUCAGAAUCUACGCUCGUUAUAAUAUUUGUUUACAAUAAUUUCGGUAUGUACUUUACUUUAAUUACAACUGCUGACAUGAAUGCCGAAGGAUGCCGAAGCAAUUGCCGAAGGAAUUUAAGGUGAUUUCAUUGCGUGCCUCGGCAAAAAAAAUUGCCGAGGCAAACUCGAAAAUUAUCGAAAGGCUUCGGCAAUUAUUUGCCGAGGCAAAAAUUGUUGAAUUUCGAGGGUUGCAGAGCCUGACCAUAUAUUUCAUUAGGAAUGUAUAAAUGAGGUUUAAUUACCUAAUUAGGUAUGAAAAAAUUCCUUUUUUCCCUAAUGUGCAGACUGUUUACCAAAUUUCUGAUAAAUAUGCUUUAAAGUGAAAAUAAAGAUGGUCAGGCCCUAGAUAAUGUUAUGAGCUUUCAAAAUAUGUGUCAUUUAUGUCAUUCUGAUUAACAGUGUCUGUGUUAUCAUGUGUCAUGCGACGCCAUUUUUUGGCUAAUUAGUGAGCUGCCAUAUUGGAUAAUUAGUGUAAUUAAUGAGUAACCAAAAAUUUUUUUCCAGAUUUUGAUUUUUAUCACUGUGCCCCUUCAAAAAAUAUUUUUGCUGACUCUGUGCCUUUUAAAAUGAAAAAAAAUGCUCUAAAGGGGAAUGACCACCUUAAAAACUUGUUUAAAUGGUUUUGUUUUGCAUGUUUGUUUCAUCUGUAUAUGUAACCUCAGUCUCACACAAGUCAAAUAGCCGAAAAUGCUUCAAAUCAUUUCAACCCAGGCUAGAAAGGUCUGUGCACAGGCUGAAAAUAGCUCUGACUAAAAUUCAGGCAGCUCAAACUGCUCAUGAAUAAUUUCUGCUCAUGAAUAAUUCCUGCCCAUGGCCACAUCAUACUUGCUACAGUUUUAUUUUAAAUUGUUGGCUUGUAUUGGGUUUUAUGCAUAUUUAAAUCAUUAGGCAUUACACAUGAUUAUAAGUAUUUACAAUUAGUCCAAAUAGUAGUGACUGUGAUAUUUUUGACUACAUCUUUGACUUUCAGAACCAAAUUCAAUAGCCUAGUUUUGCCUGAUGGAUUUAGAUGAAAUCUGUGUUUUGUUUGUCUCAGAGUUUUGAUUACAUGUGAUGUGUAAUUAGAUUAUUUUGAUUCGUGAUCAUUACUGGAAAGCAAUUAUAAAAUUGAUCAAGUGAUUCUUUUAUUUUUGUCUGUUUCAUUCCACUUGAUCGUGAAGAAAUUAUUCUUUUUCUCGCAUAUUCUCAAAGUUUCCCCAUAGCUCUCAGUGUAAACAAAAAUGUGAAAGUGACGCUAAUUAAUACUUGUGAAAUCGCGAAUUUGCGAUUGAUCCGAUGAUGACUGGUUUCAUUAUGAGUGUAACUAUUAUUAGAUCAGUGAGCUAGAGUGUGUUUCGGUAAAAGCGGAACACAUUGACGAACACAUUUUCUGUUAGGUUAUUUCUGAGCGAGUACUGUAGUCUUGACAAUCAUUAUCUCUUUAAUCUACAGCUUGGCACAUUUACUCCUCUUGUUGGAGGACCAGAAUUUGUACAUUGUUUACUGGUAUGUUUUCUAAUAUUUUAUACAUCUGAAGUCAUAGCAAGGCAGCACAUGAACCAUGUACAAGUGUUGAGUCAAGACUUAAGAUGCAUGGUUACAUGCUAGUCAAUAACGCUAGUCAAUAACGCUAGUCAAUUGUUAUUGACAUUUCUUAUGUCAAAGUAUGUCAUUGUGAAAACCUCUUUUAAAGACAACUAUUUUGUCAUUCAUCAUAUACUGUAUUGUUAAUGUCAUUGUUAUUACAGAGACUUUCUGUGUAGAUGUUCAGAAAUUGAUAGAAAUAUGACUGUGUAAAAUGUUUUUGUGUGAUCCCACUCGAUAAAUAAAUUCAUCUGACUUAAUACAGAGUAAAUUAUCAAAAGACAGUGCUUUUGCGUGUAAAGCAAGCCUUGUAGUCCAUCUUUUAUACUUUUUGUUAUUUUCCAAUCAAUAAUUCAAAAAUGUACAGUGAUCUUAGAAUGGCGUGAGGAUUGGGAUAAGGAAACAAGGUUGUUCUACUAUGACACACUAUUUUCUUAUUCUGGCAAACAAACAUUUCUUAUGCAUCUUAUCUUGAAAAUUUAGCCUCCAUUAGAGAGCUUGGCCACAGUAGAAGAAACAGUUGUCAGGGAUAAGGUAAACUAUCACAGACAAAACAGUGUUACAUUCGUUUGGUACAUGAGUAUAUUUUCAUUUGCCUAAAGUUUUAUUUUUUUGAUGCUGCUGUUAAAGCCAACUUAAUUUAAUAAAGGUGGUGUUACACAGUCCAAUUUUCAAUAACAGUUUGAACCAAUCAAAUUUUGGCUAACAUCAUUUGCAUUACAAAUCAUCAUUGAAAAUUAUUCUGUGUUACAUCACUUUGAGGUACUUUUAACCUGCACGGAUUACAGUUAUACUGGGAAAGGGUGCAUACUACCUUAGUAAUAGUACAAGGGUGCCAGUAGGCAACUUGCACUAAGGUAUCACAAUGAUCUUAAUCUGCUUAAUAAUAGUAGGGAUGGAUUUAUAACAUAAGAGAGAGCAUACUGAAUGGUGUUUUAUUUUUUUGAAAAUUGAUUUUUAAAACUUACUGUACUGUAUAUUGCUUAACAGAAAACUGUAAUAUCAUGUUUUCGCUCACUGCUCUGUAUAAAUGAAUACAGAACCCAGUCGAAUUGUAAUCAAGACCCAACGUUUCGACACUCCAGUCUAUAUAGUGUCUUCACUCUUCAUCAGGGGUGAUCUAAAGUUGCAAUGGGGCUUCUUAAAUACCCACGGGAUGACGUCAUCUGCCAAUAAGAUGCACGUAUUCCUUUGGCAAAUAGGCACCGUCAUCCCUGUUCAAAGCAUGAUUAGUCAUUUAUAUGCACCCCUGAUGAAGACACUAGACUGGAGUGUUGAAACGUUGGGUCUUGAUUACAAUUCGACUGGGCUCUGUAUUCAUUUAUAUAUAAACCAGAGUAGCGAGCACGAAGUUGCCGUGAACGAACAAACAUUAAACUGUAAUAUUCUACCUUGUUACAGGGUCUUAGCUAGAGGGCCGUGUUGGCCGUGUUAUCGCGGCCAAAAAUAGAAAAACAUGGCUAGAUAUUAAAAAUGAACGCAGCUUCACUAUAUUUAUAUAAGGCCGUGUAGGUUCAUAAAAUAAGGUGUUGCUACUGACAACAGACAGAAUUUCUUCUUAUUUACGUCGUAAGAAAGUUUGUAAAAUCUACUGUAGUUGUUGAAAUUGGAAAAAGUGAUCCUUUAUAUUUUAAUGUUUUGAUGGAUAAUGGGAACCAUAUGGUAUUAAAAUGGUUUUAAAUACCCCCAAGAUUUACUGAAAUAACUUAAUAUUUUAAUGUCAGUACGCAAUGUGAGCUAGCCUUGUAUUUGGUUGCAAAGCAUACAACAACCACAUGCAGGCAUUGUCUGUUGUUGGCGAGCAUAACUACAAAUAUGCACACCCUGGUCAUUUAGAAACACGCCCAAGAUCUAAAAUCCUAGCUAAGACCCUGUCUUGUUAUGUGACUAAUUUAAUAGUUUUAUGCAUGUAUGAACGCAAUAUUUUAAAACGCAGAAUUUUACCUUCAGAAAUAUGUUGGUUUUAUAUUUAUGGAAAGUUAUUUGAAAAAUCGUGAUUUUUCACCGUAUUGAAAUGGGUCAUUGCAGAAAACAUCCACACCUAUAUGGAGGAAAUGACCCCCACCUUCUUUGAGUUUCAUAGUUGCCAAAGUUAGGGAACCAUGGAGCAACUCAUGUGAAGGCAAAGGGUGGUGUUCCUAGAGUUACUGGCUAAUAGCUCCGAAAAUUGUGUACAGCUACAAUCUUGGCAAAAAUUAUUGUGGACAGCGUGCGCGGAAAUAGAAAUACCAUCCUUGGCCAAUAUAUACAUGCAAAACAGCAAUGUUUAACUCCCCCCUCCCCCCGGUUCAAUGUUGAAAGCUUAUACAUUGGUUAGGUGAAAGCUUUGCGAAACUCAGUACAUGUCAAGACCAACAUUGUAAGGGAGGAGACAAAGACGCCAACAAGUGUAUGCCAACAGUAAUACUUUAGUUUACACCUCAGUGUCCGCGGAAUUUUUGCCAAGAUUGUAGGUAUCAAAACCUGGAGUUAGUGGCUUCAAAAACUAUGUGGAGCUCGCUGUGUAAGCCUUGAAUUGCUGCCUAGCAACUCCAACAAUCAUGUGGAAAAUCAUCUAAGCCUGAAGUAGUGGCUGUGCCAGCAUACAUGUAGACUAAGUUUCAUUCAAAGGUUGUAUACCUGUACCUCCACAAAAAUAAAAUCUAGUAGUACAUUUCACUAUAUUAUCAGAAGUACAUUUUUUGUUUUGAAUUUAAUUUUGGAUUAGCUCGCAAAUAUACACCUCACCCCUGUCAAAUACAUUAUAUUACGCCGUUUGGACCACUGUCGUUCUUGCAUCGCUCCAGGGUCGCAUCUAAUACAAUAAAGUUCAGCACAUGAAGAGUAUGCCAUGUGAAACGAGCCUUACUUGUAGUUCAAGUUCCCUAUUUCCUUAUAUUAUCCAAUCGUUUUUUAUCAAAUAGGUUUACAAAGGCAAUUUGUGCAGAUUCUUCAGAAAUUAUUUGCUUUUUUUUAUAAUUUGAGGAAUUUUGUGCAGAUUUUCAUUAUUACAAGGAUUUUUGCACAGGAAAGCGUAUUUCCUCCAAAGCCAAAACUUUAUAGUCUGGAAGAUACCUACUACUAGCUAGCGCCAGACCCCAGUACGAGCAUCCUCUCUAUCAUGUUAGAUCCUCAUUGUAAACCGGUAUAUUUGUUUCAACAGGCAGUGGAAUCUCUGCGUGCUAUUGCUUCUGACCAUUCUUCUCAGGAUUUAGAAAAUCAUUUUGUACCUUUAGUUAAAAGAUUAUCUCAAGGUAUGAAUUGUUGUUCCUUUCGGCCAUAGUGCGCCACAGUAACCAUGCCAUGCUUGGUUUAUAAGUAUUUGAAUCACGGUCUCUCAAUCACACAGUUACCUUUUGCUUUCAACUUGGUUAAACGUCAAUAAUAGACACUUUUAGAGGUUGAUGUCAUAGCGUUUCGUGCGUGCAAUGUGAUAAUUUGUUUUCUAAACAAGUUUGGCAUAUCAAACGUUGGUAAAAAUAUGGUACUAAAUUACAGUAGUAUAUAUUAUGGUGUGCGCACAGGCUAGCCAUGCAUGUGAGAAAUAAAUACUUAGGAAGGAAGCAUGGAAGGCAUUUCCUUAGAACAAAAAUGAUUUAAUAAUUGUCAUUACCUGUGACUGUUUGUACAUCUAGGUGACUGGUUCACUUCCAGGACAUCAGCAUGUGGUCUAUUUCCAGCUUGUUAUCCGAGAGUGAAUGCAAAUAUCAAAGCUGAAUUGCGACAGUAAGU